GCAGGAAACACUGUGGGUCUUCCACUGGUUAUGGAAAAGUAACCUUUGGAAGUGGAACAAGACUGGUUGUGACACCAAGUAAGUUUCAAGCCUUAAUUCCUUCUAUGUGCAACAGAUCAUAAUACCUUCUUUUCCAAACAAAUGCAGUCCCCAAAACUUGGUCCGGGGUAAGUGGAGCGACCAGGAACACAAUAUUAGUCUGUGAAGCAUCUUUGUCCAACAUUGCAUCCUCCAAUUGCUUUGGACCAUGACUCCCAUCCGCAUCAUCCAGCAUCUGAUGAUCAAGGAUGAUAGAAGAUGUGGUCCAGUCUUCGAGACACCAGGUUCACCAUCCCUGCUCUAUACUAUCCCUGAGCACAUUGUACACUCCUUGUGUCUGGGCAAUUUUUAUCAAGGCAGGAAGCACUGUGUGUCUUCUACUGGUAACUGGAAAGUAAUCUUUGGCAGUGGGACUAGGCUAAUUGUGACACCAGGUAAAUUUAAACCCUUAUUUAGUUUCAUUUUGUGAGUGUGACAGAUCCGAAUACCCCCCUCUUCCUCAUCCGAGUGCAGCCCUCCAAAUUUGAAAUUGUGUUACCCAGUGCUAUUUUUCUAGAAAAAGCAAUGCCUGGAACUCACCAUGAACACCUCCCUCAUUCUCUUACAAUGGCAAUGGCCCACUUGAGAGCUGCUGGAACUUUUGGUGAGUUCCAGCUGGGAAAAAAAGCCUUGGUCAAGUUGAGCUUCACAGAACAACCAAGAAGACAGUCUUUAGCAGCUUUCUCUAACCUCCCCCCCCCCUCUGGGGGCUUUUGUAGUCCAACAGCUCAACCCAGCAUGGCCAAUGGUCAGGGAUGAUGGGAGUUGCAGCUGAAACUUUGUGAAUUCCUUCAAACCAUUAACAUACCAUUGGAGUCCCAUGCUGGACUCUCUUGCCUUUGAAACAUACAUAUAUUUACCAAGUUCCAGCACCACAGAUAAUGUAGGUAUUGGCUACCAGCCAGCAUUUAAGCAAUCACCCUGUUGCCUAAAGCUAGCCCUCAAGAUGUUGCAGGGCUCCAAGUCUUACAUUGCCAUAAAUAGGUUGAGAUUAGGGGGGAGACCAGAAAUACUGUGUUGGUUCACACAGCAGCUAUGCCUAACUAACCUUGUGUGCUCCAGGGGUUCCUGGACUACAACUCCCAUUAGCCCUAGUCACCAUGUCCCAUGGUCAUGGGUGAUGGGAGUUGUAAUUGAACACCAUCUGAAAAGACAGAUGUUCCCUGUCCCUCUUCUAGAGGUUUUUGUGAGACAUUGAAUCACAGUGGGAAUGCAGCUGGAAAUAAGGUGAUAUUUGGAAAAGGAACUAUCCUGAAGGUGAACCCCAGUAAGUAUCAAGGCUCAUUUAAUUUGUGCUUGAUGUCAAAUCCAAGGGGGGAAAUGUGUGUGACCAACAGUCACCAUGUGUGACCAACCAUGAAAAUGCAAGAAUUGUUUCAUUUGGCUCUGGAACAGAAUCACAUAGCACAGGUAUCUGACAAUCAGAAAGUGUUGUAAGUCCAUCGCUAUACCACUCCCAUCAGCACCAGCCAGCUGACUCUGUUAUUUAGCUUGGGGUGGGGAAGCGGUUAAUCUUGCUGGACUUUGAUUCCUAUCACCCUGACAAUUGGACACGCCAGCUGAAGCAGGUGGGAGUGGGAAAUCCAACACCAUUUGGAGAGCUGUGGGUUUCUCACCCCUGCUCAGACCUUGAGAGAGUUGUGCUUUGCUCAGUGGUGGACUUUGGGGUCUCAAAUUUCUCUGCUUUGGUUCAAAUUGGUUGGUGUAAGUAUGAAUAAAAGUCCAUUCAAUUAAACCUUUGACUUGUAGCUGCUGGGAUGGACAAGGUAGGAUAGAUUAUUCUAACCAAGAAUCUCUUACAUUCUGUCCACCGCCUCCCCAUUUUUUUUACUACCCCAAUGGAUUUAAUCUACAAUCCUAACUCCAUUUAUUUAGGGGUAAACUAUUUUCACACACACACACACACACACACACACCGCUGCACCAUAAUGCAUGCCAAUGAACUCUCAGACAGCCACCAUUUUGUAGAGAUGUGUCUCACAGUGCUGAAAAUGUUGGUUGGAAAAAGAUAUUUGGAAGUGGGUCCAAGCUUGUGAUUAUUCCUGGUGAGUCGACAUUGCUGUUGACAGUGGCAUUUAAAGAAACUGGAUUUGUGGGUUUUUAUGGGAUUCUUUUUCAUGAUUUGUUCCGUACUGAGAUUUUCUGAUUAUACCAAUACAUCAUCCCUACUCUAUUUAUCUUUGUGGGAUAAUUCUUGAUUCUUUAUACAACUUAAUUGAGAACAUUAUUUCUUUUUCUUUAAAAAAAACACCAAAACUGGUUUGAAAUCACAAUUAAUUUCAAUUUAUGAUUAUGCUAUCCAAUAAUAGAGUAGACCCAUUGAAAUAAAUGGAUUUACUCUAUCGCUAAGAUAUUGCACUGUAUGCUUGUAUUUACCACUUUCUUAAGUGCUUUGCCCUCCAGUUUUUCCUGAACUGCUGCUCCCAUAACACCCAGCAAGCAUGGCCAAUGGCCGGGGAUGAUGGGAGUUGUAGUUUAGCAGCAGCUGGAGGGACAAAGGUUCCUCACCCCAGCCCACAGGACAAAGAGUUUAGCCGCUAUUUUGUAAAGGUGCAUCUCACAGUGCUUACAACUGCUAGUGGGUUUGGGAAACCCACAUUUGGAAGUGGGACCAGACUAGUAGUACUUCCUGGUAAGCAGAGACUUUUUACAUUUUCUCAUGUUAAUUUUCUCAUAGUAAUCAUGGUACACCAUUAUUUACCCCAGUGGAUGUGUUAUUUGCCUCAAUAGCAUGACAUAGUCCAAUCUACCCAUUGGAUGGAGGCAUCUAAUAUCCAUGAGUGAUGAGCCAAUGUCUUUUUUUAAAAAUGAUAUUUAUUAAAGUUUCACAUGAAAAGAGACACAUUAAUAAAAAAAAAGAAUUUAAAAAUAAAAAGAAAAAUACACAAUACCAAAUACAGAAAGAAAAAAGAAAAAACAGUUAAAAACAAUUCCAUCUUUUCAUCACUACUUUUAGAUUUACUUAUUUCCUCAUACCUCCCUCUUUUGUAUUCCAAUUCAGUUUGUUUAUCCAGCAAUUCCUUUCCCUCCUUUUUAAUCCCAGUCCUUAAUCUUAAUAUAAUAUAACAUUAAAUUUUUACCUAUUAAAAACCAAUUUUCCAUUCUUUUAACCUUUUUAAUCCUAAUCCUUAAUCUUGAUCUGUAUAUAACUUUAAAGCCUGUACAGCUAGAAGCCACUUAAUUUCAAUCCAUCAUCACUCUAACAUUCUUUAAUUUUGCAAUAUUUCUGUAAGUAAUCUUUGAAUUUCUUCCAAUCUUCUUCCACCGACUCUUCUCCCUGGUCACGGAUUCUGCCAGUCAUUUCCGCCAAUUCCAUAUAGUCCAUCAAUUUCAUCUGCCAUUCCUCCAGUGUGGGUAGCUCUUGUGUCUUCCAAUACUUUGCGAUGAGUAUUCUUGCUGCUGUUGUUGCAUACAUAAAGAAAGUUCUAUCCUUUUUUAACACCGAUUGGCCGACUAUGCCCAGGAGAAAGGCCUCUAGUUUCUUCAAGAAGGUAUAUUUAAAUACCUUUUUUAAUUCAUUAUAUAUCAUCUCCCAGAAAGCCUUAAUCCUUGGGCACAUCCACCAAAGGUGAAAAAGUGUACCUUCAGUUUCUUUACAUUUCCAACAUUUGUUAUCGGGCAAAUGGUAGAUUUUUGCAAGCUUGACUGGGGUUAUGUACCACCUGUAUAUCAUUUUCAUAAUAUUCUCUCUUAAGGCAUUGCAUGCCGUAAACUUCAUACCUGUGGUCCACAACUGUUUCCAGUCAGCCAUCAUUAUGUUAUGUCCAACCAUACUCGGUGAUCACAGCCAUGGACUUGUGUAACUACAUUGAUUUCAGUGGGUCUAGUCUGAGUAUGACCCAAAGUUUGUUUGACCUAACUUCCAAAUAGAUAUCUGAGUGCCUUGAAAAGGAAAAGCCGAUGGGCAAUUAGCUCUAUAUAUGUUGUUAUAUCUCUGGUGCAAAGGACCAGGAUAAUGCCUGGGGCCCAUAAGAAGGCCGCCAUUUUGUAAAGGUACAUAUCACAGUGCUAACACUGCUGGUGGAUUUGGUAAACUUGCAUUUGGAAGUGGGACCAAACUAUUAAUACUCCCUGGUAAGAUGACACUUCUUCUUUUUCAUGUAUUGUUGUUUUUAAGGUAUUCAUGGUAGAUCAUUAUCUGCCUUGGUAUGUUGCUUCCAUAUAUUGCAUGACACGAUCAUGAGCAUUCUUUACAAAUUGGAUGGAAGCAUCUACUAUCAGUGAUAUUCAAUGUUAGUCAUACUUAGAACACACCACCGGAAAUCAAUGGAUUUUGUAAUUGAAGUGCAUCGAUUUCAAUGAGUCUACUCUGAGUAUUGUUCAGUUGACUGUCACCCAAUGUAAAUUGGCAUUCACUUCCAGAGAAGGUAUACAACUGCUUUAAAAGAAACAACACCUUUGAGAUAAAAAGAACUGGACUUUGGAGUAAAUAAUUGACAGUAUAUUUGUCUGUUAUAUCAUAUCUCUGACUGCUAGGUGCCAGUUCUAUGUCUGGGGGAUUGUUAUUUUAAAAUAGUGACCUACUGAGGGGAGACUGAGAGGAGAUAUGAUAGCCAUCUUCAAAUAUCUGAAGGGCUGUCACAUGGAGGAUGGAACAAACUUGUUUUCUCCUGCUCUGGAAGAUAGGACUCGAACCAAUGGUUUCAAGUUGCAGGAAAGGAGAUUCUGACUAGACAGAAAAACUUUCUGACAGUAAGAGCUGUUCGACAGUGGAACAGUCUCCCUCAAGAGGUUGUGGACUCUUCAUCCUUGGAUGGUCAUCUGUCAUGGAUGCUUUUUGAAGUUCUUUCCUUCUGAAACAUGACUAGAUAUUCACAACCACCACCGUGUAGCACCAAUAGAGCAGGCAACAUGAUGCAUUAAAGUCUUACAAGUCCACCAUUUUGUAGAGGUACAUGUUAUGGUGUUAAUAGUGGAUGGGGAAAAUUCAUAUUUGGCAGUGGGACCACGCUUGCAAUUGUUCCUGGUAAGUGGGCAUUUCUGUUGCUACCACUGUUUAAGAACACUUGACUGUAAUGUAAAAAACUUUUUUUUAAAAAAAUAUAUAUAUAUUCAUUUAUUCCUUAACACAGUUGGGCAGAAAACUGGAUUUUCUGGUCACACUGUGUUCUAAGUGGCUCUUCAUUUUUCAUCCUUGAGGGAUCCAAAGUGAAACCUGGGUUUUUGUUAUACAUGAAGUCACUGUGUAUAUGGAGGAGCUGGCACCAAAUUAUUAUUUGGAGCGGGGACAAAACUGAUUGUUAAACCAAGUAAGUCAAAUACAGGAAACAAUCUAGUUGGCAGGUGAGCCAUUUUGGCCCAAAUCUUGGAAAUGCACUAGAUACAUAUUAAUGACCACUUACCAGAACAAUAUGGAUUUUCUUUAGCUUGUAUUGACCUUUCACUCUCCAGGGGAAAAUGUGCCCAGCAUAAUAUUUUAAGUUUGUGGCAAUAAUUUAUUCCACAUAUGUGGAUUUGAUAGCUUAGCAUAUGUACAAAUGUGACCUGCACCCACAAAAAAGUAAAAGCUGUGUACUUAUACCUGAAUGGUGGUAUACAAUAUUUUUCUUAUACGGAGGUUUCCGCUAUGUAGCAAAAUUGGAAACGAUCUCAUAUGAAAACAAUCUCAAAUAACCUAAUCAAUCUAGAUCAAGAACUAACUGCAACUCCCAUCAUUCCUCACCAUUGCCCAUACUAGCUAGGGUUGAUGGGAGAUGGAAUCCAGCAUCUGGAGGAUCACAUAUUCCCUAUCCCUGACAUAGAUUCCUUAGGUCAUUUGAGAUCUAUUUCAUAUGUGCCAUUUUAUGCUUUGUUGUCAUUUAGUCGUGCCCGACUCUUUGUGACCCCAUGGACCAGAGCACGCCAGGCACUCCUGUCUUCCACUGCCUCCCGCAGUUUGGUCAAACUCAUGCUGGUAACUUCAAGAACACUGUCCAACCAUCUCGUCCUCUGUCGUCCCCUUCCCCUUGUGCCCUCAAUCUUUCCCAACAUCAGGGUCUUUCCCAGGGAGUCUUCUCUUCUCAUGAGGUGGCCAAAGUCUUGGAGCCUCAGCUUCAGGAUCCGUCCUUCCAGUGAGCACUCAGGGCUGAUUUCCUUAAGAAUGGAUAGGUUUGAUCUUCUUGCAGUCCAUGGGACUCUCCUCCAGCACCGUAAUUCAAAAGCAUCAAUUCUUCGGCGAUCAGCCUUCUUUAUGGUCAUUUUAUGCUACAUGGGGACAACUGCUGUUAACUCUCUAGGUUGCUUUAGGUGGAUGGCUGGAUCUGCCCCAUAUCUGGAAUAUGAGCAUAAUGUUCCUGACCUAACUUGUAAAAAUAUAGACUACACAGAUUGCUGCUGUGAACAUGCAGGCUACAAUGUAUGUAAGUUUUGCAGAAGACAAAUUUAGCAGGUAGCACUACCGGUUCCAACAUGGUGUAAAGGUGUGUGUCAUAGUGUUAACAGUGGUGGAUGGAAUAAACCCAUAUUUGGAAGUGGGACAAAACUUGUAAUUCUGCCUAGUAAGUGAACUUCUUUAUAUAUUUUUCCUUCUUCACAUUUUAAGCAAUAUUGACAUGAUGGAUCAGGGGUUCCCAAGCUUGAGUCUCCAGCCGUUUCUGGACUACAACUCCCAUCAUCCCUGACCACUGGUCCUGCUAGCUAGGGAUGGUGGGAGUUGUAGUCCAAAAACAGAAGGCGACCCAUGUUUGGAAACUCUGUGAUUGAUUGAUUGAUUGAUUGAUUGAUAGACUGAUCAAUCAAUUGAUAGAAUUGAGAGGAGUACAAAAGUUACCUUUUAGAGAGGUAACUUUUGUCUUGAUUCAUCCCAUAGCACAGUCAAUUGGGACUUUCUAUUUUCAAGUUAUGGUUACAUUAAUUUCCAGAGGAAUCUGUUCUUGUAGGCUGUGAGAUUUCUAUACAUUGUUAUAGGUUCAGGGAUGGAGAACCUGUGGCCCUCUAGCUGUUGGUCCCAUCACCCCUGACCAUUGCCCAUGCUGGCUGGGGUUGAUGGGAGCUGGAGUCCAUCAUUAUUUGGAGGACCACACGUUCCCCUUUCCUGGGUUGGAUAUGUGUCAAUUCAAUUAAACCUUUGGGCAUUCGGUACUGGGGACUAGCAACAGGAACUGACUAACUCAUUCAUGUCCUCUUUAUCACCUUCCAGAAGGGACCUAACUGGUGUCAGUUUGCAAUCAUAAUGUUGAGGUAAAUGCACAAUUAGUCCUAUGUCUAUUCUGAGGAGGACAAUACCAUUUAGUCUAAAGAUGGCAAGGUUGAAAGUCUGGAUUCAACCCUCAUACAUUUCAGUUGUAGAGCAAACAAGUCUUUUCUUUUAUAGAAAUGGUCUAUUGUUUUUCUUUCUAAAACACGACUACAUUUUCAUAUUUCCCUCCAUGCAAUAAUAACUAAAUGGGCAACUUGACUGAUACAUGUCAAGUCUCACAGAGCCACCUUUUUGUAGAGAGGUGUCUUACAGUGUUAACAAUGUUGGUCGGUCUCAAAUAUUUGGAAGUGGGACCAAACUUGUUGUUAUACCAGGUAAGUUAGCAUUUCUGCCUAUACUGGCAUCAUGGGAAGCUUGGGUGUUCAUUUUAUGUACUUUUGUGGGGAAUUUCUUGAUUUGUUCUAUAAAGCUCAGUCCUCUUUUUAGGGAGCCAGUAUUUACUGUGAGUGUAACCUGGCUAGAUAUAACCUCUCUGAGACUAAUAAGGAGUGAAUAGCAUAAUGUCUUUCUUGUCACUUGUAGUUGACCACUGUUGGGAGGAAGAAUGCUAGCAGACCAUUGCUGCCAUAUAAGAUUGCAAUGCUUAUGGUCCUGUGUUAUUUACCACAACUACCAUCAUCAACACCACUCAAUUCUCACAUUAGGAAACUAUUCAAAUGAUAGUCACAGACAGUAGAAAUACACGUCUUUGCAUUUAUUUAAAGACGUGUAUUUAUAAGAAGACCGGUGACCCAUGCACGUAAUACAAUUACAGUGGUACCUCGGGUUACAUACGCUUCAGGUUACAUACGCUUCAGGUUACAGACUCCGCUAACCCAGAAAUAGUACUUUGGGUUAAGAACUUUGCUUCAGGAUGAGAACAGAAAUUGUGCUCCAGCGGCGCAGUGGCAGCAGGAGGCCCCAUUAGCUAAAAUGGUGGUUCAGGUUAAGAACAGUUUCAGGUUAAGAACGGACCUCCGGAACGAAUUAAGUACUUAACCUGAGGUUCCACUGUAUAUUUGGGAGAGAGACAAGGUUGUCAGUGGACAUGGUGAGCAAAUAACAUUAUCUGCUUAUUUUGGCCAAGAUCCCAAAGGCUACUCUAUGCACUCCCAAAGGCUUUGGGUUCACCCUUUUGGAUUUCCGUUUUCUCUUAUUCAUCUUAGAACAGUAGGCCUCAUCACAAAGAAGUUGUGAAACUGUUCUGAAAACUAGUUUUGUUGGGUGGGAAGUAAGGAGUGUGGAUGAAAACAAGCAAAAAAAACCCAUAUCCAAACCACUCAUUGGUCUGUUCUUUGGAUCUCAGACUAUUGAUGCUUUUUUAGACUGCUUGGAGCAUCAGGUAGUAUAAAAUUAAACCAGGUUAGUCUGACGCAAGGAGACAUGUACUGAUCCAUCCGACCAUGUAUUCUGUAGAUUUGUUGAUUUUUACCUUACCCAGGAGUCUCAAACCUCUUGUCAAUCAAAAUAUUUACAAGAGACUCAAAAGUGGACUUUUCAUUCUGAAAUAUUACUUUUUUUUUAGUGGGAAAAGUCCCCACAUGGUUCUAAUAGCAUGCCAUCCAACAGGCUGAACGAUGGCACAUGUCAGCUUCCACAGAACCACCAUUUUGUACAGACGUGUCUCACAGUGAUAACACUGCUGGAUUUAAAUUCACAUUGGGAGGUGGGACCAGACUUGUAGUUACCCCUGGUAAGUUGACACUUGUGUUUGUGCUGGUUUUGAGGGAAGAUGGAGAAUGGUAUAAAAAUGUCUGUUAUUUUCCUCCCUGCCCUCCAUGCACACAAUUUUAAUGCAUUCUAUAGUUCUGCCAUCUCUUGGGUGGGAAGUUGUGAUGUCAUUUUCCAACCACACAGGCUCCAAAAUGUUUUCUAAGCAUUGGUCAGGUCCAUUCAUUCUGGUCCAGUCCACCAUCUAUUUAUUAGAAUUUUCAGCUACGCCAAAGCUCUGAUGCCUCCUUACUACUGGAUUUGGUACCUCUUAGUUCCUUUGAACACUGAGUAUAGUUAGCACUGUAUGGGUUUUGUCUACCACCUUGAGAGAGCAUUCACACACUCAUGCAGAAGAAGACUGUUGAUGGCUACUAGCCAAGAUGGCUAUAUUCUGCUUCCACAACUGGAAGCACCUGCUGGAAAAAUACCAUUUUCUGGAAACCACAGGAGGUUGGAGCUUGGAUCCUCCUGCUUGUGGGUUUCCCACAGGUAUCUAAUUGGCUACUUUGGAAAGAGGAAGCUGGACUAGAUGGGUCACUGAACUGAUCCAAUGGGCUCUUCUUAUGUUUUUUUAGACUCUCUCAAAAUGCUUCAAACGUUCAGAGAUGCCCACCAAAAUCCAUAGGCAGCUCAAAGAUAAGCAAACAGGUUUAAUUUCAAACACUGCAUAUGUAUAUAUUUAUUUAUGGAGCAUUAGCAGUAGAUUACGAUAACUGUGUUAAUAAUAAAUGGCGAUAAUUGAUGGUGAUGAAUGACAACAGCAACAUUGAUGAUUAUUACAUUGGUGGUAUCGACUGAGAUUCAAAGAGCUAACGUAGCUACCCCAAGCCGUUGUCAGCAAUGUACCUUGCCCACCUGCCCUGUUGAUCCACAGAGAGAUUGGGUGCACAUGCAGCCCAACAGAGUUUCACCCAACACAGUUCAGCCAACUCAUAUUCGGACUGUUCCAGCCACCCAUUGAGCCAAACCCUGGGGGGCAGGACAGGGAAAGAAGAACAUGAGUUACUGUAUUUACAAUGCUGUCAGAGUACACACAUUGAAACGAAUGGGCAUGACUAACUUAGAUCCAUUAAUUUCAGUGUACCUAUUUUGACAAUAACUUAGUUGGAUACAUCCUUAUGCUCUUGUGACUUCACCCCUAAACAUAAAGGUGGGAGGGUUUGGAGGUCCGUGUUAGUCUCUGAAAAUCUUUAAAGGAAGCGAGGUACCAGACUUUGUACGAUGAAAGACAAGCUGUGAAGCUUUGUGUACUCGGCAAAUAUGAUGUCCAACACUGAACAGUGAUUCUGGAUAUUGACUACUGUUUUGUAGAAUUCUUCGUCAGUGUGGUGGGAGGAUAUAGAAUUGCUUCAAAAACUGAAAAUAAAAUUUGAUUUUCAGUUUAUGAAGCAAUUCUAUAUCCUUCUUGCUGAAUACACAAAGCUUCACAGCUUGUCUGUCAUCGUACAAAGUCUGGUACCUCGCUUCAUUUAAAGAUUUUCAGAGACUUUGAGACUAAAGAUUUCAUUUUGUACUGUUAUGGUUUGAAGGAAUUCUGUAAAGAUUGUCUGUUGCGUAUGUACAUGGUCAUCAUGUUGCCUAGACAUUGCUGAAAUCCUGGAAAGGCGUAGCAAGUUAGCAUCAGCCUUACUGAGCUAGCUGGGCCAUUGGCCUACCUUGGUUUGAGGUAGCUUCCUGUGCUCCCAUGACGUUCCCUAUUAUGUCAAGAUGUGUUUUUGUCAUACCCUAACCCACUGGGUGACUUAUGGACUUAACAAAUUGUUGUUUGGAGGUGGGACUCAACUGAGUGUUAAACCAAGUAAGUCAAAUAUUGGAAACGUUCAAAUGGGGAUGGAGCUGUGGCUCAGUGGUAGAGCAUCUGCCUUGCAUGCAGAACAUCACUGGUUCAAUCCCCUUCAUCUCCAGGUAGGGUUGGGAGAGACUCUGGCCUGGAAUCCUGGAUAACCUGUUCCCAGUCAGUGCAGACAAUACUGAGCUUGAUGGACCAAAGAUCUGACUCAGACUUGUCCAGGAAAAUACCUUUUUAAACAUCUAUUUACACCAAUAAAUAUUAGAUAAAAAUAGGUCAGUUAAAACAGAAACAUAUUUUGGUUUAUAUAACAUCACAGUGAAAUAAUCUAAUGUGUACAGUAUGUACAUUACAGAAUGUACAGGAAUUGUUGUUAAAGCUUUUCUAGAAUAUCCUGAAUCUAGGAAUCUGCUGCCCUAAAUGGAAAUUAUUGUCUUGAUCCCAAACACCUUUUGUGGAACUUCCAUUCAUUUCAGUAGGAGUUAUUUUCAUAUAAAGUUUUUGGGAUUAGAUUGCAAAUUUAAUGUUAGCGUGCUGAAUUGAUUUUAGAAUGAAUUGAUUUUAGAAUGUAUUUCAAUUAAUUGAUUGCGUGUCGAGGUCCCCAAUCCACCCCCAAAAUAACUCACAACGGAGACGUAAUUUUUGUUUAAGAUUUUUGGCAUGAUUUUGGCCACAACUUUAUUAAAAUACAAACGUGAGUGGUUGUUUAGGCAUUGUUUAAGACUAUCUGUCCCCCCGCCUGGGGACAGAACUGACUUCCGGGCACCACCGAAAGACAGUGCGGGGGAAAGCAAGUCGGGGAGAAAUGGAGCUGGGUCACAGACCCUCAAUUCUCACCCGCCUGCUCCCCGAAGGCUUGCCGGCCCUAGUCCCAUUCCAGGGAUUGGACGAAAAGAUGGCAAGCCCCAGGAUUCCUUUAACGGAAUUCCCUUUCCGCAGCAACCAUGGAGGGGCAGGCCCAGCCUAUCCUAACCCCUCCUCCACCAGAUUUAUAACCAAUGCCUAACCACAACCUUACAAGUUGUGACGAUUUGCUACGCAGUAGGCAAAAACCACCCAGCCGGCCAAUUUGCCAGGUGGAAAAAUUCCUACCAGGCCCCUGCUCAAAGGCAGACGACCCCAUGACAGGCAUAGCAAGGUCAAUGCAACAACCCCUUACUCUAGGGCGGGUGGGCGGGUGAUCCGUUGCACGCAGCAAAAGAGAAAGUACAAGGCUGCGUGCAGAGUAUUUAAACCUUUUACCCCUCCCACCAAAAUUGCAACACAACUUUUGCCCCAGCAACUCAGCAAUCCAAUCACUGCCCCCUGGCCAUCUUGGAGAACUUACCCAGCAACAAAGGGGGUGGCUCAGUAGACCCCACCGCAACACGUGCUCUCCCUGAAGGAGAACACGCUUUGUGAUUUUAUGUGUUUGGGAUGUGUUACAUUUACUGUUGUUAGCUGCUCUGAGCCCCGCUUCGUCUGGGGAGGGCGGGAUAUAAAUAAAAUUUUAUUAUUAUUAUUAAGGUAGCUUUCUGCAAGUGUGUCAGGGUGUAUGUAUGUGUAUGUGUGUGUGUGUGUGUGAGAGAGAGAGAGAGAGAGAGAGAGAGAGAAAGAAAGAGGGAGAGAAAUAAUAUGCUCUGGAAUAUGUUUGGAUCCAGUUAUUCUUCACUGCACAAGAGGCAUAUGCAGAAUUAAGUAUAUUUGAAUGAGAAAGGGGAAUCAUAGAGUUGGAAGGGACCAAAAUGGUCAUCAAGUUCAACCUCCUGAAAUGCAGGAACCACAAUGAUGGGAUGUCUGGGUGUAGAGCGGUAUAUAAAUUCAAUAAAUAAAUAAAAUGGCUUAUGCAAAAAUUCCAACCAUGCCCUAGCGUCCUCAUGGAAUUCUGGACCUUGCCUGUUCAGUACCAUCCAAUUCACCAUUACGCAUAUUUUAAGCUUUAUUGUAGUUAUUGGUGGGAUUAGUCGUUGCUCGUCAGCUGCUGACCCUGGAGUUGCUCUAUAGCAGGGUUGGGGAACCUGCGGAUAUGCCUUCAUUUACUCACUGAACUGUAGAGAAGAGCUGUGGGUUGCUUCUCAGGUUGUGCCGUCAUCCUCAUAGCGAAACAACAGCCCACAGCGAGGUGUGAACUUUGUGGGCGCUUCUGGGAAAUGGUUCCUGAGAGCUGGAGGAGUGUGCUCUCGGUUGCACUGAGCGAGAGCUCAGCGGAGCAGACAGGGUCCUUCAGUGCAAACCUUUUGCCAGUUGCUCACUGCAGAACAAUGCAAAACAAGCAUCUGCUCACUUGGGGUUGUAGCUAAUGGUAAUUCUACUCAGAGCAAGCUGUUGCAACAUACAUUCCAACAUAUGCUUGUUGAGAAGAAUGGCUAACACCGAAGCAUUAAUUUCUCUGUUUACUCUGGACUUGCAUUCAUUCCAUACAUUUAUAGUGCUAUGAUACCAUUAUGCCUGCAUUCCGAGACUGGUUGACUAGUUCUAUGAUUCAUCUUAAACAGUCAUGGCUUCCCCUCCACCCAAAGGAUUCUGGGAGCUGUAGUUUGCUGAAGGUGCUGAGGGGUCUUAGCAGACCCCCUGUUCCCCUCACAGAGCUACAGUGAGUUGUUUAACAAUCAGUGCCUUUUUACAGGGAAUGCUGGGUAUUGUAGCUCUGCGAGAUGAUCAGGAGAUUCCUAGCAACUCUCUGCACCUUUACCAAACUACAGAAUCCUUUACCAAAUUCCCAGAAUCCUUUGGGGGAAGCCAUGACAGUUUAAAGUGGCAUCACUAUAAGUGCAUGGUGUGAAUGUGGCCUAAGACUUAGUUGGAUACAAACCUUUCUUCGGCUCGUCUAUUCCAGGGAUAAAUGGAAUCUCUCCAGAAUCGGCAGCUCCCAUAAGCCCACCACAGCCAGCAUGGCCAUUGCUCAGGGAUGAUGGGAGUCAGAGUAUGGCAAUAUCUGGAAGGGCAGAGAUUCUCUGCUACUGAUUUUUUCUGAUAUUUUCUUUGAAGAUUAUUGUUGAGUGGUGCAUUUUUAUAUUGUUUUCCAUGAGUUUUCAUUCUGAGAUGCCAUGAAUGCCUUUUUCUUAAAGGACCGGUGAAAGAAGGAGGGGAGAUCAUAUGUAAUCGGAGUCAGAUUUUUGCGGAAUGGAUGGAUAAUUUAAUCCUGCCUCUCACCCACCCCUCUGCCCAUUAUUAGUAUGGCAUUGACUUUCACAGCAUAUGUCAAUUUCAGCUGCAGUUUCUAACUUCUGGUUAUCCUUUGCUUCCCCCCAUUCAGAGCUUGAGCCAUCUGAGCCUUCCGUCUACAAACUACAGUCACCCAAGGAAGAAGACAGAGACAUUUCUGCCUGCCUUAUCACCGACUUUUCCCCCGCACCCAUCAGAGUGGGGGCUGAUGGAAUUGAUGAACACGAGGUCAAUGGCUCAGUCGUCGUAGUGAAAGAAAGUGGCAAGGAAACACCCAGCUACGGCAAAGUGAUCUGGGGCAAAGCCAAAGAGGCUGAUGGUUGUUAUGCUGAGCAAAAUAACAAUAGAUUUCCAUCGGAGUCAGCAGGUAAAAAGCAGACUGUGUAAAUGUUUGCAAGCCAAUUGGACGAUGAUCUGAAAAUCUAUAUAUUCUGCCUGGUCUUCAAAAAGUCUCAAGGCAGCUUACCAUCCAAAACUCUAAAAAGCAAUGAGGAGACAACAGUGCCCACUGAAGCCACAGCCGUUGGUGUCUGUGCUAAGCCCCCAUAACCACAACCCAAAAUAGCCAUCAAAACAAAGGUCACAUAAAGAACCAUUCUUUAAAGCACAUUAUUUCAACCCAGAAUAAUUCUGCAAUUUCUCAAGCGUGCUGGAUACUGUAGCUCAGUGAGGGGUGAUCUGCAGUGUCCCAGGAUUAUUUUGGGGGAAAGAAUUGAUUGAUUAUUUGUGCUUUAACUGUCCACAAAGGUGAACCGGCCAAAGCAGAACAGUGGUAUGAAAGCAUUUUUAGAAAAGGUAGUUUUCUUCUUACCAACCACCUAAAACAAUUCAGUGAUGAGACACCACACCUGGCAAGUUGUGGUGUACAGGUUGGAAGCUGCAAUAGCUUCGUCACCAGCCUUGUUUCCUGAGGUCAAGGGAUCAGGAAAUUCAAUCCCAUCCUUUUACCUCAUAUUUUGCUAUAUGCAUGUUUCAUGCCUGCAUUAAUGCUGCAUAAUGCUUUUCUUGCAACUUCUUUCUCUCUUUUCUUUCUCCAAUUCCCUCCCCCCUUUCCCUGUAAUUUUAAAACUUCACUAAAAAUUAUAUGAUAAAGGAAAGAGAAUCAAUGAAAACUGAAAAUGUAAUAAUCCUUUAUCAUCAUCAUUAAUUCUCAUUCCCGUCAUUGUUACAGAGGCUGCAACCACCUGCUCAGAAAAGACAACAGGCGGUUUUGAGACAGGUACGUAUGUGCAAAAAGGGAUGUGCAACUUGACUGGGAACCGAAUGAAAAUCAAAUCAUAAUCUUGCCCCCGUGAGCAAGAUUAUGCCUUAGCUGUCUGUAGAUUAGUUGCCAGAAUUUGACCAAAGCAGACACAGUGAGAAUAUUAAGGGGGGGGGGGUGUAUUCUGCAACAUGCCAUUGGCGUAAUAAUAGCGCACUCUGGCCUAAAAAGAAAAGUGGGUUUGUUGCUUAAGAAGGUAAGAAGAGUCCAUUGGAUCAGGCCAAUGGCGCAUCUGGUCCAGUAUCCUUUUCGCCUAGUGACUGAACAGUUGCCUGUGGGAAGCCAGCAAACAGGAUUUGAGCACAGGACCCCUCUCCCCUCCUGUAGUCUCUAGCAAGUGUUAUUCAGAAGCAUUUCUGCCUCCAACUGUAGCAACAGGGUGUCGCCAUUGUGGCUAGGAGCCUUCUCUGCCGUGCAUCUGAGCACGUCAAUCCACUUUAAUUGGGCCAACCUAAAUACGCCAGUUUGUGAUUGAAUCCCUCCCACAAAAAUGGCGAGAGUCCAGAAGAGACCUCGUUGCUUUAAAAACAACAACACUCAUCGUCCAAAUUGUCCAUGGCAGUAGCUUGCAAACGGACAUCUUUUGUGACAUUUAUUCUCUCUUUCUCUCUUCCCCCAUCCUUUGUUUUAAUCAGACGAGAGGUUGAAUCUCCUCUCCCUCACCGUGCUAGGACUGCGAGUCAUUUUCCUCAAGUGUGCUGCCUUCAACCUGCUGUUCACCUUCCACGCUUGGUCUAGCUGAGGUAAGCAAGGAACAGACUCACUUAAGAGUCCUGGCUGAGGCUGAUGGGAGCUGUGGUCCAAAAUGUAUCUGGUCAGCGAAGGUUGUCUUUGGAGCUCUGGCUUUUUCCCUAAUAUGGUCUCCGUAUCUCACGGUGAUUCACAGUUCACCAUCAGUUGGGCUGUUGCCCCAGAGGAACCACCAUCGCUCCUUAUCCUUGUGCUCUGGUACAGGAGUGAGGAACCUUUUUGGCCUGGAAGGUGGUGGCAGUUCUUAAUCUCCCCACCUUCCCAGAAGGCCCCACCACCAUCUGACAUCAUGAUGAUGUCAGCACCAUGCCAAAGUUGACCUGCUGGAGAGGAGUGGUCAACAAGGAACAUGCAGGCUUAAACUUUCCAUUCACCAGCUGAUGAGCAGAGGUGCCAAUCCUGCUCUUUGCCGAGGUUUUGUUAUGCCAGAGCAUUCCCUACUGGGAACACACUGGGGAAGCUGAGCAAGGCAGGACUGAGCCCCUCCCCCAUCACCUAAUGCCAUCAGCUGAUUGACAGGUGGGCGUGGUUUGGGGAAAGUGGUGUCACAGGGCAAACUGGCUGGUUGACCUGCAGAUUGGAGGUCCUCUCCACCUCUGUUCUGAUGAAUGGGUACCAAGGUGUUAGCACGGAGGUACUUAGGGUUUGAUUUUACAUCCUCUUGGACUGAAGAACUGGAUUAGUUAUGGAAGCUUAAUUUAUAGAAUUCAUUGCCUGAGAUGGGGAGAUAGACAAAUCCACAGAGGCUAAGAAUUAUCCUGAGGCUUUCAGUCCAUGAAGGCCAAAUGGGACCUUCAACCUGAGACCAGUAGGCCCAUGGAUCCUGGAUGGAGAGGGCUGAUCUGUUCGUGGGCUUCACAAAGACAUUUGGCUGGGCAAUGUUGCUUGCCGGGUGGGGGGAUGCUGGAUUAAACAGACCCUCUAGAUGUGGGACUACAGCUCCCAUCAUCCCUGACCAUUGCCCAUGAUGGCUGGGAUUGGUGGGAGUUGGAUGAAUGAGUUAAGGUGUCCAUUUAUAGCAUGGCAUUUCUGUGCUCUCUGGCACUCAUCACAGUGUUCCAUUGUGCCAGAAGCAGUUUAGUCAUGCUGGCCACAUGAUCCGGAAAUCUGUCUGUGGACAAAUGCUGGCUCCCUCAGGCUGAAAAACGAGAUGCCCAAUAGUCACCUUUGACUGGACUUAACUGGUCCUUUACCUUUUACCUUAUCUAUUUAGCAGGUGCAGGGAACCUGUGACCCUCCAGAUGUUGCUGGACUACAACUCCCAUCAUCCUUGGCCAUUGUUGAUGCUACACAGGACUGAUGGGAAUUGUAGUCUCAUCAAGAUCUGAAGGACCACAGGUUCUCCAUCCUUGUCUGCUUCUGCAGGGCUCUGUUAUUAUGCAAUUGCAAAAGUAUCUAGGGGACCAGAUUGCCUUCCUGACUCCCUGUAACAAAAGCCAUAAACCCUGUAGCUGAAUGUAUGUUUUCCUGUCUUUGAUGCUUGCAUCUUUCUGCAACUGCCUAUGUAAUGGCUUCUGAUCUAGAUAAUAACCAGGAUUUCUCAAUCUCUUCUUCCAGUUCAGAAAUGGCAGAAACAUGGGGAACAUAUCUGGUACAUUGUGGAAGAACAGAGACAUGUACCAAGUCAUCUCCAGCACAGAGCAUACAUGA